AGCGCGGACGUCGCACGUGCGCGCGUGAAAAUUCAGCGCGAAAUUAAUCAAAAAUAUCAACAUUGGAAUUUAGAACCUCUUUGGAAGUUAAAAAAAGUUUCUGGACAAUAAAGUGUUUGUGAAAAAACUGUGAUGUUCGUUCGAAUUUCGAAAUAAGUGAUUUUAUACUGUGAUAUAUAUAAGUCGAGCUAUGUGGUUGACGCGAAAUCGAAGAAGUAACCGCUUUAUGAUAAACACUUAUCAUAGUAAAAACAACUAGAACCAGUGACGAAAUCUACACAAAAUGGAGGAAAACAGGUUUUCGGUGUCCAAAGUGGACGGAGAAUCCAAGAAGAAUGGCAUCCAUAUGGGCGCGAGCAUCAUCACCAGACCCAUCAGAUCCUCCGCGGAGACAAUCGAGAACGGAGACGCGAACCCUCAGGCGGAGACUUGGCUGCAUGAUGCUGGCUGGAGACGGAAAAGGUCCCUGGCCCAGCUCACCAGGGAAGCUCUGCCUAGGAUGGAGAAUUAUAGGAACUCAAAACGAGCACUCAAGAGACCCAGCUUGGGAGAACUACACGGUGACCAUCUGAUUGCUGAAGAGGACGUGAAAAAUAACCAAAGAGAUACAAAAUCACCGACGCCAGCGCACGGAAUCAAGCUAGGAUGGAUUCAAGGCGUGCUGAUCCCGUGCCUGCUCAACAUCUGGGGUGUGAUGCUGUUUCUCCGCAUCUCGUGGGUGGUCUCCCAGGCCGGUGUGGGGCUCUCCCUGGUCAUCAUCGCGAUAUCCGCCAUCGUGUGUGUGAUCACUACCUUGUCUAUGAGCGCGCUGUGUACGAAUGGGGAGGUUAAAGGAGGUGGCAUUUACUACAUAAUCUCACGAUCCCUGGGUCCGGAGUUCGGUGCGAGCGUCGGCAUAAUAUUCGCGUUCGCCAAUGCCGUAGCGGCCAGUAUGAACACCAUUGGCUUCUGCGACUCCCUCAACGACCUGCUGAAGUCGCAGGGUGUGCAGAUCGUGGACGGGGGAGUCAAUGAUGUGAGGAUUGUCGGCUCCGUGGCGUUGGUGGUGAUGUGCAUCAUAUGCGCGGUCGGCAUGGACUGGGAGAGUAAGGCGCAGAACUUCCUGAUCGCAAUAAUCGUGGGCGCGAUGGUGGACUUCGUGGUGGGCACGUUCAUGGGCCCGCGCGACGCGACCGAGAUCGCGCAGGGCUUCGUCGGCCUCUCCUCGGCGACCCUGACCUCCAACUUCAAGCCGGAUUUCCGGUACAGCGAGAAGGUGGACCACAACUUCUUCAGCGUGUUCGCCAUCUUCUUCCCGUCUGUCACCGGCAUCCAGGCUGGUGCUAAUAUCUCCGGAGAUCUGAAGGAUCCCGCGUCUUCGAUACCCAAAGGCACGCUGCUGGCGCUCCUCAUCUCUAUGAUCAGCUACGCCCUGAUGGUGUUCUUCUCGGGGGGCGGAGCCUUAAGGGACGCCAGCGGGAACCUCACGGACCUCAUCAUGGUCAACGGCACGGUGAUUGACUACUCCGGACUCAACAGUUGCAUCAACACCACCGAUGGAUGCACGUUUGGACUACAUAAUAGUUAUUCUGUGAUGCAGCUAAUGUCAGCGUGGGGUCCGUUCAUCUACGGCGGCUGCUGGGCGGCGACUCUGUCCACGGCCCUCACCAACCUGCUGUCAGUCCCCCGGCUGAUCCAGGCGCUGGGUACGGACAGGAUCUAUCCUGGCCUGAUCUUCUUCUCCAAGCCGUACGGCAAACACGGCGAGCCGUACAGAGGAUAUGUGCUCACUUUCUUCGUGUCGCUCGUGUUUUUGUUGAUUGCGGACCUGAACAAGAUCGCGCCGCUGAUCUCCAACUUCUACCUGGCGUCGUAUGCUCUCAUCAACUUUUGCACCUUCCACGCCGCGCUCGUGCGACCGCUCGGCUGGAGACCCACUUUCAAGUACUACAACGUAUGGGUAUCGAUGCUGGGUUUCCUGAUGUGCGUGGCCAUCAUGCUGCUCAUCUCCUGGGAGAUGUCCCUCAUCACAUUCGGCAUCUUCUUCACUCUCUACCUGAUAGUGCAUUACCGGAAACCGGACGUAAACUGGGGUAGCAGCACGCAAGCUCAGAUCUACAAGAACGCGCUCUCCAGUGCGCACAGUCUAGCUCGUACUGGCGAGCACGUGAAGAAUUACUGGCCGCAAUUGCUGGUGUUAGCGGGCAGACCGCACGAGAGACCAGCGUUGGUGGACUUGGGGCAUCUCAUCACUAAGAAUGGCUCCCUCAUGCUCAUUGGGGAUAUAUCCCAGCAAAAGCUAUCCUACCGCGACCGCGCGUCCCGCAUCCGCGCGGGCGACGAGUGGCUGCGCGGGCGCAAGGUGCGGGCCUUCUGCGCCUCCGUACACGGGUUCAACUUCGAGACCGGCGCGCGGGCGCUGCUGCAGUCCUGCGGGCUCGGGCGAUUGGCGCCCAAUGUGUUGCUGAUGGGCUAUAAAGCGGAUUGGACUGUGGCGCCGCCUGCGGAUUUGGAAGCGUACUUUAAUGUGUUACACGCGGCGUUCGAGAACCGUCUCGCCGUGGCCAUAGUCCGCGUACCGGGUGGGCUGGACUACGGUGUCGUCGCCACAGAGGGAGAAGGUGCAGCCAGCGGCCACACCGGCACGUCUUGCGGCAGCGCCGAGUUGAGAGUGCGACGACAGCCCCUCAUCAUGCACGCUGACUCUGACCUCGAUAUAGCCCGUAGUACUGAUUCCCAGCCGUCCAGCAGGCAUAACCUCAAUCUAUUCUCGCUGACGACAUCACGGUCCUUCACCAUCUCUGAGAAGAGCGACACUAAGGACAGGAAGAAGGAGAAGGAGAAAAAGAAAGACAUCCACCGCCAGGUGAUCUACAAGACCUCGUCCGGCUUCGAGGUCUCCACCGAGCAGCUCGCACAGAUGUCCAUAUUCAAGAGGAAACAGGAGGCGGGCACGCUGGACGUGUGGUGGUUGUACGACGACGGCGGUCUGACGAUGCUGCUGCCGUACAUCGUGUCGCAGCGCGCGGCGUGGGCCCGCUGCAGGCUGCGCGUCUUCGCGCUAGCUAAUAGGAACCACGAGUUGGAGCUGGAGGAGAGAAACAUGGCGAACCUGCUGUCGAAGUUCCGCAUCGACUACUCGUCGCUGACGAUGGUGCAGGACAUCACGGACGCGCCGCAGCCCGACACAAGACGCAUGUUUGACGACCUCGUACGCAAGUUCACCGAGGAGGCGCAGGGACAAGAGUGCCUGAUAAGCUCGACGGAGCUGGCAACCCUGGCGGAGAAGACGAACCGUCAGCUGCGGCUGCGGGAGCUGCUGCUCGCCAACUCCAAAGACGCCAACCUCGUCGUCAUGUCGCUGCCCAUGCCGAGGAAGGGUUCGGUAUCGGCACCGCUGUAUAUGGCGUGGCUGGAGAUGCUGAGCCGCGACCUGCCACCCAUGAUGUUCGUGCGCGGCAACCACACCUCCGUGCUCACCUUCUACUCGUAAACAAUGUCGCCCAGGUGACAGCGACACCCAGUUGACAGCGCCGCCCAGUUGACUGUGUCACCCAUUUGACAGUGUUACCCAGUUGACAGCGCCACCCAGAUGAUACUUGUUUAACUCCUGUAUCCCCAUAAGGCCCACUUGGGCCGCGCUAAAUGUCAAACGCCAUUAUUUGGUUUUUGUAGUUGUAAACGACUGCAUUGCUAACACAACCAACCACACUAAGGUUCAUAUUCCGUCAACCACUCCUUGUUGGAUUGUCAAACCUCGCGUUGGUGACACUUUGUCCACCAUCCCAUUGUUGUAAUUUUGUAAAUCACCCACUUGCUCUUGUCAUCCACUUAUCAUUGUUAGUGAUAUUCUAAUUUAUGGUACUUGUGACGACGAAGCUGUGUGCCAAAUUUAUUCAAACAUAUUCAGGUGAAAAGUCCCGAAUUCUGAAAUACCACCACCUAGACUACCUUUAUAUUUCGGUCUAGAGAAACAAAUCAUCCCAUAGACAAUUACAUUAGGCUUUCAUAAUAUACUUAUUAACUAUAAUGUUUGAAUUCAUCUAUUUAUUUAAUAGUGUCCGUGAGUGGGUGAGUUACCUUUUGUAUUUUCGUAAUAAUAGACAAAUACUGUUAAAAAUAUUCUUAAAGUAUUAUAGAAUAAUUCUGUGUUAUACAAUUAAGUAAGUUAACAUUUAAUUGGAUAUUAACAUCACAUAAUUUUUUUUUAUGAGUUAACGUCAUCUACUUAUUAUAAAAAAGCUACCUAGAACAAAUUGUAAAUAUUUUAGAUUCUAUAGUUGAUAUUUGUGACGUUAAAGUAUAUAAAGAUAUUUCAUGAUUGCCAGAUGGCCUAAGGGUGCGUUCAAAUUGGCGUGACUGUGACUCGACACAGCCACACAGGGCCUCGGAAAGGGUUUUUCGGAAAUUGUAUGUCGUGGCAUAUAUAAUAUGUUUAUGAACAUUGAACACAUCAACAGUACUUACAAUGAAAUGUCACGUUUAUCUGAAAUUCUGAACGCACCUUAAUACAACUCUCUAAAGGCCCUUAGUUGCCAUUUUUAACCCCCGACAAAAAAGAGGGGUGUUAUUAAUUAUUGUACUUAGCAUAAUAUACGCCUACACGCUUGUUAACUACAGUUUUAGUUUCUGAAGAAAGAUCUUCUGAAAAAUAAGAGCUGUAUUUUGCACAAGCGACUUUUUAGUUAAUGUUAUUUUGGCCAGUGAUAUGUUAAUUUUUAUUAUUCCUUAGUAGAUAGUGAGUGUGUAUAGACUUAAUAAUAGUGACAGAGACGAGGCAAGAAACUUUAUAUUGUCACAAAAACAUCCUUAAAGUGAACAAAAUAUCCUUGUCUCGAAUCCUUGACCUUGAUUUAUUUCUGUGCCUCCGACUAUAGUUACUACUACUAUAAAUGCCAAACGAACGGGCACCAGUGUAUCUUAAAUGAUGUUAAUUUGAAUAUCGCAUUAUACAGUCCAUAUCUUUUAGAGCGAAGCCACAUGAUUAGUCCAUAAUUUAUGAUAUGCCACAUAAUGGCCGAUUAUGUUGUAGCCAGUGAACACAAUCGAAUCGGCCAUUAUGGCCACUCGCCACGUAGCUAAUCGUGCGUUUCUUAUCGCUUCGUCGCAACGUAGAUGCGACAUACAAGUUACAACACGCUAUUUCGUUCCGAGCAAUGUGGCCUCUCUUACUUUAUAUUGUUCAGAAAAUAUGUGUUAUGUACUUUUGAAUAUAUACUAGCUAAGUUGGCCAAUAUACGCAGUACUUAUUUAGUGAUUUUAGUUUAUAUUGAACAAAUGCCAAAGCACAAAGUGAGACCGUAUUUUAUAACAGUUCAGUCAUGAGCACUUACGUAGGUACAACAUUUAUCAAAAUGUAUACUAUUCGUGACAAAAAGGAGAACUAUUUAGCCUGUGUAUGUCAGUGCUACUAGCUUUAACCAGCGUUUAAAGUCCCAACUUGGUCACAAUUCUGUUAUAAAUUAUAAUGUAUAAUAUUAAUUUAUUUUUAUAAGUAGUUAUAAUGUUUAAAAACUUUUUACUCCUCUGCGAGAUGUGACUUAAUAAUAAAAUGUCCAAACAUGGUCCAGACAAUUUGGUUGAAGAAUUUAUACGUAGUUUUAUAUUAAAUUAUACUAUAUUUUAAACUUUACAUAAAGACGUUGUUAUAGUACUAAGAAUAGUUUAUAAGAUAUUGUGUAAUGAUAACAUAUUUAUUAAGAAAGACAUUUUUACUAAAUAAAAUUCUAUGAAUGUA